CCGAGAUAACAGUGAAUCCAAUCUAACAGGACUAAAAUGGGCCAUUUAAAUUUGCUCCCGAUUCACUUUUGAAAUCCGAAGUCGUGGUUGUUUUUCGAUCUACUUUGUCCAGCAUCUCCAGCUUGCUGGCUCCUUCCUCUUGUCAACAACCGACCCGUCAACACAACCAGCUUUACAUUUCACAACACGGAAAUGGCACAACCCUGUGCUUCAUGUCUGGAGCAAUUGUCGUCACCGUUGUGCUUGAACUGCAAGUCGACGGUGGGACACUGCUCGCCUUCCUGCUUUGGCUCCAAUUCUGUCCUCCACCUCCUCCUCUGCAAGCCUUACUGGACACCGAUGCGCCCACCGCGCCCUCCGAAAUCAACACUCGGCCUCUACAUUCCAAUAUUCGGUCCCCCAUCUUUCCGAUUCGUUCAUUACUACUGCGAAAAACCCGGCGAUAUCACACGACCAGAUUUAAGACAUCUCCUGGGUACUGAUAACCUUGUUCGCUCUCUCCUAACCUGGAACACACUCCAAGAGAAGGAGCUACCCUACACGCUACAACUCAUUCAAAUUCCUGGAAAGCAGGCGAUCAACAGUUUCGUGUCAAAUUUGACGCAUGGUACGGGAUAUGCUCGACACUGGGGAGGUCCUAUGGUGAUACUUGCGCACGAACAUCAGAGAUACGCCGUUGAUACUCCUGUCUGGAGGGAUGUUGGAUGUCACGAUCUGAGGUGGAUGGUUGAUUAUUGGCGAUUGGGAGAUGAACCUUUGCCAGUGCGUAUCGCUCCUGUCAAGCAGGAUGAAUCUACGGUGCAAGGUGUUCAGGUGGCGGACGAAGAUGAAGAGAUCUUGAAGCAUAAUGUUGUGGGAGUGACAAUUGCGUGCGAAGGAGAAAGAGACCGGACUGGAAAGAAGUUUAUGGAGGCUGAGAUUGGCGUCGAUCAUCCAAUAUGGAGAGAAGAACCUACCCAGAUAUCGGUCGGUAUGGAACUGCCACUGCUGAUGUACAGAUUUCCAGUUCAAGCGGUGGAUAUGAAGAUGAAUGACUUGAAGCUGAGAAAUCCCGAGGCGUCAGCAAUGAGUCGGGUUAUCGAUUACGAAGAUCCUAAGUGGGGACAAGUCGCGAAUAAUACAGCAGAAAACAUAGGCAGUGUCCUGGUUGUUCGGGCGGACAGGAAGGAUCUCGACGCAAAGCAGGUUGAAAUGCUAGCCACGUUCUGUGACAAGCUUGUCGGAGAUUUCAUGGAUGUUGUGAGCAAGAACCAGAGGAUCUUGAAGGAGAAGAUCAAAGACGAAUGUUUAGAUAAAUCUAUCUUUCAUUUGUUUUUCGAGAAGAAAAGGUCGGCAUUGGCGUUGGAGGAUAAGUCGUGGAAUAAUGUUGAAAGUCCAUACCAAGUUUAGCUCAUCGGUGUUGAGACAUGACUA